AUGAUGAAGUAUAGGAUUCCUGGAUGGACUCCGGUUUCCCGCCACACUUGUAAAAAAGAUUGUAUGAAGGUAUAUGAAAGUGAGAAGGCCAAAUUGAAGACUUUGUUGAAGACUGUGACAAAAAUCAGUUUGACUACAGACUUAUGGAAUUCAGGGAAUCAAAAGAUGGAGUAUAUGGUGUUGACCGGGCAUUGGAUAGAUAGUAGUUGGAGGCUGAAUAGACGUAUCCUCAACUUUGUUCAUCUACCUCCUCCCCGGACUGGUAUUGCGAUUGCGGAUGACAUUUUCAAGUGCCUAAUGGGAUGGGGAAUUGAAAAUAAGGUAUAUAAUAUUUCUGUGGAUAAUGCUUUAAGUAAUGAUGUUGCGAUUAAAGUUUUGAAGGAAAAUUUUAAAGUUUCGGGGAAACUCCUUUGUGGAGGGAAACUGUUUCAUGUGAGAUGUUGCGCACACAUCUUGAACCCGAUUGUUCAAGAUGGACUUCAUCAAAUUAGGCACAUCAUUGACGACAUCUAUGAGAGUGUGUUGUAUAUCAACAGUUCCGAAAGCAAAUUCAAGGUAUUUUCUGAGAUUAUUCAACAACUUAAAUUGCCGUAUCGGAAACUUAUUCUUCAUUGUAAAACAAGGUGGAAUUCUACCUAUAAAAUGUUGGCAACGACAAUUAAGUUCAAAAAGGUUUUUCCAAGAGUGAAAGAGAGGGAUAUCAAUUAUCAUAAUAAUCCAAGUGACGAGGAUUGGGAGAAAGAGGAGAAAGUUUGUAAAGUUUUGAAAGUAUUCAGUGGUUCAACCAAACUCAUUUCAGGAAGUGAUUAUCCGACGUCUAAUUUAUUCUUGAAGGAGGUGUGUGCAGUGAAAUGUAUGUUGAAUAGUAAAAGUGAAUCUGAAGAUGAAUUUAUUAGAGUAAUGGUUAGGAAAAUGAAACAGAAGUUUGAUAAAUAUUGGGGGGAAUGUAAUGUAUUGAUGUUUGUGGCUGCUAUAUUGGAUCCUCGGUUGAAAAUGAGGGUUAUUCAGUGGGCAUUCCCUAAGAUGUAUUCUGAGGCAGAAGGACGGGCAAAUAUGGUGACGGUUCGGGAUGCAUUGUAUGAGUUAUAUGGGGAGUAUGUUCAAGCUAACCAAGGUGUGACUAUUGCCCUUGCUUCUACAUCACAAGGGGAUGGACAUGGAGCCAUUGGUGAGGUGGCUGCGGUUGAGGGAGCCGAGGCCUGGGAUGAUUUUAGCACUUUUCUGUACGUGGUUGAAACUGUUGAGCCUAGUCAGUCUGAGUUGGACUGUUAUUUGGGAGAGGGAUGCCAUAAGUGUGUAGGGGAUCAUGAUUCAUUCGAUGCCUUACAGUGGUGGAAGACAAAUUCAACCAAGUUUCCUGUAUUGUCUACGAUGGCUCGAGAGAUACUAGCCAUCCCGAUCACUACAGUUGCUUCAGAGUCUGCAUUCAGUGAUGGGAGCAGGGUUAUUGAUAGUUACCAAGCUUCUUUGUCACCAACUACGAUGGAGAUGUUGUUAUGUGGAUGUGACUGGUGUCGCACUUUGAAUGGAGUGAAGAAAGGGUGCAAAAAAGAGAAGGAUGAGGAUCACUUGGAGAUUCAGCUUCCUAUUCUAUCAGGUGAUGGGAGUCAGCUGAUUGGUUGA